AUGAGCCUGCACCAUUCAAAUCUUCUAAUAAGAAGGUGGCGGCGGCAUGCGAAAAGAAAAAAAGUGUGCUAAAUUUCACAAAUACAAAAAACCAGAAAGGAGAAAAAUCGCAUGAUCCGAACUUCGAAAGAGCUUCUAAUGUUGAAAAUGAUGAUAUGGGCGUAUACAACAAUACUUCCCAAUACCAUCUUGGUGUAGAUAAUUCUCAUCCCUCCUUGCAAAACGAAGAAAAUCCCACCAAUGAGUCCCUAGCCGACGAGUCCGAGAGCUACCUAAAUGCGAAUCAUAAGGAGGUCCACACAUGUCCAGAGUGUCGGCGGACCUUCCCUUCGGUGAAGGCGAUGCAUGGCCACCUGAGAACCCAUCCUAAUAAGGGUUACAAAGGAGCGGUCCCCCCGCCGAACAUAGCAAAGAAGCAAUUAGUACAACCUAGCAGCACAUCAGCUCCUCAAAUAGAAAUUCCCGUCUCGCAGCAACCUAUCACUAUAAAAAUAGAUCAUACAUCGAUCCCGAUGAGAGAUUCCAAUCGACUUAUUGAUCUGACCGCAGAAGCAACGAGUGUGGCUCUUAGCCUAGUGUAUAUGAGCAUAGAAACAAGUAAACAGACAGCAAAUCCAUCUCGUGAAAAAAAAACCAAUAGAUCACCUAAGAGGAAAAGAGAGAACAUGGAAAACGAUUUUAGAGUUAUCAAGGAUAAGGAAGAGACCGCAGAACAAUUGAGGAAUGGAGAGAGUCAUGAAGGUGAGGAUCAUUCUGGUGAUCAUCAAAUAGACGGAGAUGAUGACAAAGAAUAUAUCAAGGAAUCGCACUUACAACCAUCGUCUAGCUUGAUAGAAAAGAAGAAAAAGAAGAUUAAGAAAUUAGCCGGGCCUUAUCCUUGUAGUGUUUGCGAUAAAUUUUUCUCUACUCAUCAAGCAUUAGGCGGUCAUAUGGCAAGUCACAAUAAGAGCAAGAACAUCAUGGAUGAAGUGUUUACUGAAAAUGAAGCAAAUAAAGCUGAACAGAGCCACGUUGCGAAGCCGAUGGUCGAGACGGUUUCGAAGGGAUCGGAUUUAGGGAUACAUAAGUGUAAAAAGUGCGACCAAAUAUUUACAUCGGGACAAGCCCUCGGUGGGCACCAAAGGAAGCAUAAUCCUUUACCAGAUCAUAGUCGGAAGGAAAACAAUAUUGCACUCUAUCAAGAUCAGAAGGAAAGUAAUGUCGCCCCCGAGCACAGUCGAAAGGAAAGCUUGCCAGAUCAUAACCAGAAGGAAAGCAAUGUUGCGUUCAAUCACUUUCAUAAGGAAAACAAUAUUGCGCCCGAUCACGGUCGAAAGAAAAUCUCACCAGGUCAUAGUCAGAAGCAAAACAAUGAUGUGUCCGAUGAUCAUCGGAAGGAAAGCAAUGCUAUGCCUGAUCAUAGUCGAACGUAAUGUUAUGCACUGCAUCGACCUCAACAAAUCUGUAAAUUUUGAUUAGGAUCUACCUUCAUGAUCGAAAAGUGUAGAAGAGUUUUAGAGGUAAGUCAAAGGAGAGUUUUUUCACUAUUUAUGUUUUCUA